AUGCGCCACAUUUCCGAGGCCACUGGAAUUCCUCUUGGAUCCUUGCACCGAGCGCUCAAGGCUGGAAAGCUCCAUCGACGCACCACACGCUUAAAGCCUCUGCUGACGGACGAAAACAAGGCGAAGCGUCUUGAAUUUUGCCUCUCGCACAUUCGUCCCUCCGGUCCUCCCAAAACCCCGACAUUCGAUGGCAUGUGGGAUGUCGUUCACCUUGACGAAAAGUGGUUCAACGCAGACAAGAACGUCCGCAAGGUGUACCUGACGGAAGGUGAAGAGCCUGAGCAGCAGGCAUGGUCAAGCAAGCGCUUCAUCCCAAAAGUGACGUUCCUCGCGGCCGUGGCACGCCCUAGACAUGACUUGGAGCGUGGCAUCAACUUUGAUGGGAAGAUUGGCAUCUGGCCGUUCGUGCAGUACCAACCUGCUCAGCGGAGCUCGCGCAACCGUCCGGCGGGAACUCUUGUGGCAACAUUGGUCAUUCCAGCUAUCAAGGCAACGUUCCCUACCAUCAACAAGCGCGUAGUUCUCCAGCACGAUAAUGCAACGCCACAUGGAGGCAUCACCGACGCUGACCUAGUGCCGGUCUCGACGGAUGGGUGGUCGUUUGUCGUUCGCUGCCAGCUACCAAACAGCCCAGAUCUCAAGGUGUUGGUUCUGGGCUUCUUCGCGUCAAUCCAAUCUUUGCAGUACAAAUUGGUUAGUCGCACUGUGGAAGAUGUUAUUCGUGCUACGCUCGCUGCGUUUGACCAGAGUGGCGGAGAGGCUCUGGACAAAGUGUUUCUUACCUUGCAAGCGGUGAUGCGCCUUGUCUUGGAGAACAAUGGUGGCAACCACUUCCGCCUGCCGCACUUGCGCAAGGAUGCGCUGCGUCGUGCCAAAGCGCUCAUGCCGAAUGUCUCGUGCCCUGCAUCUCUUUUGGGUUAA